UGGUAGCUGCUAACCGCGCUUCCCGCUAAAUGCCAGUGCUGUUUUGCUUCAUAACUCUCUUGCUAGCUCAUUUGAAACCCCGUGUGACAGUUGUGAGACACGGGCAAUUUAAUGUGUUUCUCCCGAAGACGCAGUCUGUCGGGAUGGGAUUCGUAAUUUAAAUGCGCUGCUCCGAUUAGCUAGACGUUGCUUUUAUUUGUAUUUACGGAAACCUGGGACUAAGCUACAGCUGGUGUUAGCUUAGGCCAGUAGAAGACCGCUUAGUUCCGACGUCUACCAGCAUGGAGUUCCCGCAACAGCAGAAAACGGCGGGCGACGGCAAGAUCUGCUAUCCUCCCGGAGUCAAAGAGAUUACGGACAAAAUCAGCAACGAUGAGGUGGUCAAACGAUUAAAGAUGGUGGUGAAGACCUAUAUGGACAUGGAUCAAGAUUCUGAAGAGGAGAAGCAGCAGUAUCUUGGCCUUGCACUGCACCUUGCCUCAGAGUUCUUCCUCAGGAACCCCAAUAAAGAUGUGCGGCUGCUCGUUGCCUGCUGUCUGGCUGACAUCUUUCGGAUCUAUGCCCCCGAGGCCCCCUACACCUCGCAUGACAAACUCAAGGACAUCUUCCUCUUCAUCACAAGACAGCUGAAGGGACUGGAAGACACCAAGAGCCCUCAGUUUAACAGAUACUUUUAUCUUCUGGAGAAUUUGGCCUGGGUUAAAUCAUACAACAUUUGCUUUGAACUUGAGGACUGUAAUGAGAUCUUCACCCAACUUUUCAAAACACUCUUCUCUGUGAUCAAUAACAGCCACAAUCAGAAAGUUCAGUUGCACAUGAUGGACUUGAUGUGUUCCAUCAUCAUGGAGGGAGAUGGAGUCACACAGGAGCUUUUGGAUAGCAUCCUCAUUAACCUCAUCCCUGCACACAAGAAUCUGAACAAACAAGCAUAUGAUCUUGCAAAGACUAUCCUGAAGAGAACUGUCCAGACCAUAGAAACGUGCAUUGCAAAUUUCUUUAAUCAGGUUUUAGUGAUGGGAAAGUCCUCUGUCAGUGAUCUGUCAGAGCAUGUCUUUGACCUCAUCCAAGAGCUAUUUGCCAUCGAUCCUUUGCUGCUUACUUCUGUUAUGCCACAGCUGGAAUUCAAACUCAAGAGCAAUGACGGAGAAGAGCGUUUGGCUGUUGUACGCUUGCUAGCUAAGUUGUUUGGGGCCAAAGACUCUGAGCUGGCCUCGCACAACCGACCUUUGUGGCAGUGCUUCUUAGGACGGUUCAAUGACAUCCAUGUUCCGGUGAGGUUAGAGUGUGUCAAGUUUGCCAGCCACUGUCUCAUGAACCACCCCGACCUGGCCCGAGACCUUACAGAGUUUUUGAAAGUGCGUUCCCAUGACCCGGAGGAAGCCAUUCGUCACGAUGUCAUUGUCACCAUCAUCAAUGCUGGGAAGAAGGAUCUGAAUUUGGUCAAUGACCAAUUAUUGGGCUUUGUAAGAGAAAGGACGCUAGACAAGAGGUGGCGAGUGCGCAAGGAGGCGAUGAUGGGCCUGGCUCAGCUUUAUAAAAAGUACUGUUUGCACCACGAGGCGGGCAAGGAGUCUGCCUUGAUGAUCAGCUGGAUUAAAGACAAGCUGCUGCACAUCUACUACCAGAACAGCAUUGAUGACAAGUUAUUAGUCGAAAAGAUCUUUGCCCAGUUCAUGGUCCCCCACAGCCUUGAGACGGAAGAGAAGAUGAAGUGUCUCUAUUACCUGUAUGCUUGCCUGGACACCAACGCUGUCAAGGCUUUGAAUGAGAUGUGGAAAUGUCAGAAUAUGCUGAGAGGCCUGGUUAAAGAGCUGCUUGACCUUCACAAACUACCCAUGUCUGAGGCCAAUAACGCUGCCAUGUUUGGGAAGCUGAUGAAUAUUGCAAAGAACCUGCCAGAUGCGGGGAAAGCUCAAGAUUUUAUGAAAAGGUUCAACCAGGUUCUUGGUGAGGAUGAGAAGCUUAGAGCCCAACUGGAGAUUCUCAUCAGUCCGACAUGCUCUUGCAAACAAGCGGAGCUCUGUGUGCGGGAGAUCACUCGAAAGUUAACGUUUCCCAAACAACCGACCAACCCUUUCUUGGAGAUGGUUAAGUUCCUGCUUGAACGCAUCGCCCCAGUCCACAUCGACUCUGAAGCCAUCAGUGCUUUGGUAAAAUUGCUCAACAAGUCCAUUGAAGGCACAGCAGAUGACGAUGAAGAGGGCGUCACCCCUGAUACAGCCAUCCGCUCAGGGUUAGAGCUACUCAAGGUUCUGUCGUUCACCCACCCCACAGCAUUCCACUCAUCAGAGACCUAUGAGUCUCUUCUCCAGUGUCUGAAAAUGGAGGAUGACAAGGUGGCAGAGGCAGCGAUCCAGAUAUUCAGAAACACCGGACAGAAAAUUGAGGCAGAGCUACCGCAGAUAAGAUCGACUCUAAUUCCCAUUCUACAUCAGAAAGCAAAGAGGGGGACACCUCACCAGGCCAAGCAGGCUGUGCACUGCAUACACGCCAUCUUCAACAACAAAGAAGUGCAGUUGGCUCAAAUAUUUGAGCCUCUGUCACGGAGUCUAAAUGCAGACGUUCCUGAGCAGCUCAUCACGCCGCUUGUGUCACUGGGCCACAUCUCCAUGUUGGCACCAGAUCAGUUUGCCUCACCAAUGAAGUCCAUAGUGGCUAACUUUAUCGUCAAAGACCUGCUCAUGAAUGACAGGUCGGUGGGAAACAAGAAUGGUAAGCUGUGGACCACUGAUGAAGAAGUUUCACCUGAAGUACUGGCUAAGGUCCAGGCCAUCAAGCUGCUGGUGCGAUGGUUGCUUGGAAUGAAGAACAACCAGUCCAAGUCUGCAAACUCCACGUUACGCUUGCUGUCAGCCAUGCUGGUUAGCGAGGGAGACCUCACAGAGCAAAAAAAGAUCAGUAAAUCAGACAUGUCUCGUCUAAGGCUGGCCGCAGGGGGCGCCAUUAUGAAGCUGGCCCAGGAGCCCUGUUAUCAUGAAAUCAUCACACCCGAACAGUUCCAGUUGUGCGGCCUUGUCAUCAAUGACGAGUGCUACCAGGUGCGUCAGAUCUUUGCUCAGAAGUUGCACUUGGCUCUCGCCAAACUCUCCCUGCCACUGGAGUACCUGGCCGUCUUCGCCCUCUGUGCCAAGGACCCGGUGAAGGAGCGCCGCGCCCACGCCCGACAGUGCCUACUCAAGAACAUCUCAGUGCGCCGAGAGUACAUCAAGCAGAACUCACUCACUCAGGAAAAAAUGGUCUCCUUCCUUCCAGAAUAUGUUGUUCCUUUCAUGAUCCACCUACUGGCUCAUGAUCCAGACUUCACGAAACCGCAGGAAUAUGAACAGCUCAAAGACAUUAAAGAAUGUCUGUGGUUCAUGCUAGAGGUGCUGAUGACCAAGAAUGAGAAUAACAGUCACGCUUUCCUGAGAAAAAUGGUGGAAAACAUCAAACGGACCAAAGACACACAAUGUCCUGAAGACAUGAAAGCCAAUGAGAAGCUGUAUAUUGUCUGUGACGUCGCUCUCUUCGUCAUUGCUAACAAGAGCACCGCAUGUCACCUAGACUGUCCAAGUGACCCCUACAUAUGCCCCACAUUCUUCCUAGCGCUAGACAAGGACUUCAAAAAUGACAAAGACUAUUUGUCAGGAGAAAUGCGACAAAUGUUGCUCACAGGAAAGCCUAAACAAGCGCCAGUGUUGGUGACUGUCAACAAGACGUUGACCGUACCGGGCAGGAAAAUUUUUAAAGCGCAGCCAGUGUCGGAUACAAGUAACACCAGCACCAACUCCUCGCCGCUAAGCUCCUCCACUGUCAACAAGAACAGUAAAAGCAUCGCAGCCACAGAAUCCCCCGAGAGUCAAACGCAAGAAAAUAAUGAGAACCCUAUCAUCAAGAAGGUCGAGGGGGGUAAGAAUACGACGGCAGACGCUGACACGGAAGCGCUGCCCGCGAAACGGCGUGGCCGACCACCCAAAACCGGCAUGGCUGCUUCUCCUACGGCGACAAGCAAAGAGACGGCAUCGCCUGGCGGCGGGGCCGGAAGAGGCAAGAAGAGAGGAGCAGAGCCCAACUCCAACCCAUCAGCAGAGUCCAUCAAGAUGUCAAAGCAACAGAAUGACGAGGGAACAAAUCGACAGAUGGACCUGCAAAGGUAAAGAGUGGAGCCACUACUGUGGUAAAAGGGCCCGAUUCCUUCAAAGCUUCCCAUGCCAUCGUACAUCCUCUUGCUGACAUCCUCUUGGACAUUUAUGGACCUUUUCUUAAAUCUGUUUCACAGAUCUACAUUUUACCCACACAUGGACUAUCAUGACAUCCUAGAAGGUUCUGAACACUCUGUAGUUAUCAUUUGGAGCUCAUUGUAUGUAGGUCUUAAACUUAUAAUUUCCCCCCUUUGUUUGUUUUGUCAUGCUGCGCUUCUUUUGUGGACACAUUUUUCAGAAAAAAAAAUCUGACAUUUUACAGAAAUUUUAAUCUGGUAUGAGUAUUGCUUAUUAAAUUCCCUGGUAAAAAAAUCUUCUCAUGUGACUCUUCCUCAAUAUUCUAUGUAAGUGGUACCACGACUUAUGAGUGACUUUCGAGGUACGAGCUGUGGCUUGAGGGUGAAGAUUUGAUUUGAGCGCUAAAUGGUAAGAGGAGCAGUCCCGUUUAAGUUAACUCAAACUAAACAUGAAAGAACCAAUAAUAAUAGCCACAUUCCUUUUAAUGUCAGAUAAGAUCUAUUUCUGAUGUUCUAAAUGCAAUGACAAUUGUGUAGUCUGACCAGCUACGCCAACCUCUGGAGUGCAUAAAUGGUACAUACAUCUACCAUGAAAGUACUUUUAAGUUUUUGUCCUGUUUUACAAUUAAAUGUAGUUUGUACCUUUUUGUCAGUUAUUUGUCCAGGCACUUCUCCUGAGGAAGAUUCACCACAGCCUGCAUACCCUAACGCUCAUGGUGCUUAUUACAGCCCAGAAUUUGAUGGCAAAUCUCUCACCUGUAAAAGUCAGACCUGAAAUGUUGUCACACUUUUCUACACAGGUAUUUAGAAGCGGUGGCAAAUCUAGCACCAGAAAUGUCAAAAAACCUGCCAGGCUGCUUGCCGCAGUUUGGCUCACCACCCAACCAUGUUAAUUCUUGUGGUUUCAUCCUUUGUAAUUGUCAUGCUCUUUAUUUUUUCACCUCGCUAGUAGUCUAGUAGGAAACAGCUCUCAGGCAAUUGUGUAAUUUGAAUUGACCUCAACCUGACCCCCACUUGUAUUCUAUACACACUAUUGCAUUUGUCAAAUAAACUGAAAGACUUUUGCUAAAAAAUAUAUAUA